CACCAACAUUAGUGCAAGCAGGUGACACGUAGGCUGCUUGAUUGUGUGCUAAACAGGUGGAGCGAGAAGGCACAUCUACAGGACCUCCACCUGAGGGUUACACCAGCUGGGGAUUUCCUUCCCUGCUACAUAGUGGAGGUCACUAACCAAGCUUCACAAUGUUUGAUGGAGACUAUGACUACCUCAUCAAGUUUUUAGCAUUGGGAGACUCCGGUGUAGGAAAAACUAGCUUUCUCUACCAAUAUACAGAUGGGAAAUUCAAUUCUAAGUUCAUCACAACAGUAGGCAUAGACUUCCGGGAAAAGAGAGUGGUAUAUCGUUCAAACGGUCCGGAUGGAAUUGCUGGCAGAGGUCAGAGGGUUCACCUGCAGUUAUGGGACACGGCAGGUCAGGAAAGGUUUCGCAGUCUCACAACCGCCUUCUUCAGGGAUGCAAUGGGAUUCCUUUUACUUUUCGACCUGACAAAUGAACAGAGCUUCCUGAAUGUCAGGAACUGGAUAAGUCAGUUACAAAUCCAUGCAUAUUGUGAAAACCCAGACAUUGUGAUGUGUGGAAAUAAAAGUGAUCUUGAGGAUCAACGAGCUGUUAAGGAAGAAGAGGCAAAGGAAUUUGCUGAGAAAUACGGAAUCCCCUAUUUUGAGACUAGCGCUGUAGAUGGAACAAACGUGAACAAGGCGGUGGAGACUUUGCUGGAUCUGAUCAUGAAGCGGAUGGAACGGUGUGUGGACAAGUCUUGGAUACCUCAGGGGGUGGUCCGGUCCAAUGGCCAUAGCUCUACUGAGCAGUUAAAUGAGGACAAAGACAAAGGCAAAUGUGGAUGCUGAGACCACCCCUUAAAAUACACCCAUAGUGCUGUUGGAGUUCUGUGGCAUUGAUUUCUGAAUAUACUUUUUAACGUUAUUACUUCAGAACUUAGUGCGACAUUCCAAAAAUCCAGGAGCAUUACUGCUUUAUUUUCAUGUAAAAUGUGCUAUUCAUAAUUGGUUUUACAUAAGCAUACGAGUCUGCUGCUCUCGGCCAUGUAUUCACCGUAGUGUUGCCGUCCAGCAUUUCCUUCUAAGCAGUAUUUCUGACCUCUUCCAGUAUGUUUAGGCUUCCCAGCAAUACCUAUACCGUCCCUGUUAUGCAUGUGUGCACAGCUAAUAAUACACAAAUUAUAUAUACGAUUUCUUAUGUUUCAACAGGAAAUUAGUGCAGAAUAAAAACCAGCAAAAGUUCUCCAGGGCUGUUUCUAAGCGAUGACAUUGUAUGUGCCAUAUUUGCAUUUUGGGACCCUUUAGGACAGAGACAGUUCCACACUGGUCCUGGUGAGAUGCUGCCACAAUGUUCUAAGAGGCCAAAAUAAUACAAAGACUCGGUUAAAAAUGGUGCACUCAGAGGAUAACAGCGACAGCUAUUUUACUUUUUCUUCACUACUUCUGUGGUGCUCUUGGCUGGGGGCUGUUCUCUCUUCCUAAUAUUAUUAAUUGGUGACAAGAUAAUAUAGAUAUACAUUGAUUUUCCAUUGUUGUCUAUCAUUGUGAACUUAGAGGCUAAGGAUUACUUUAUCUUUCAACUUACCAAAAGAACAAUAUUUGCCCCAAAAUUUUGUAACAUGGUUUUGAUUAGUAACGCCACUUUGCCUUUGUACUACUUUUUAUAGCUACAGCUUUAUUUAUUAAUAGGGGUUGUUAUCAAUGCUGAAUAAUGAGUCGGUAAUCCUGUGCUCAGAUAUAAUGUGGCAUUAUAAAAAUAAAUUCCUAUUUUUAAUAUCUUCCUACAUCUGCAAUUCAACAGAACAUCCUGUACAUUUUGUAUAGCAAACUCACUAUAAUGGUAAGAAAUCUUACUUCCUAUAUAUCAGGCUGGAAGGACUGAUUAUAGGUGUUGUCCCGCUGAUUCAAAUAAGUGAAAAUGGGCUCAGAAUGGUAUAAAAUAAUUCACACUCGCCUUACCGAUCCCCCACUACUGCCGUUCUGAUGCUUCCUGGAUUCUCUUGUCUCCUUACUUCCUGGUCUGGACGCACAGGAAAUAAAAUGUUCAGCCAGUCAGUGAUUUAGCUAAGCACUGAUUUCCUGGGUGUUGAAAGGGACCAGGAAUAAAGCUGAGUUCACAAUCAAAUAAUUAACUCACCUUCUCCUCUUGAUCGCGUAGCUGCCGGUCUCUUCUUACUUCUUUAAUCAUGAGCUGCCGGCUAAAGGACCUGUGGUGACGUCUGAUCACAUGCUCCAAUCACAUGAUCCA